AUGUGUUCAUCGCCAGUGUCUACAGCUUCGUCCUUUGACGCUCAGUUUUUACAGGAGACUUUUGAUAAUGCCAUAGAGGAGACAUGUCGCAGCUUCGGCCUUUUUUCACCUUUCCAAAACACGCAACAGCAAGAUGGCCCUGGAGAAACUGGAGAUGGUGUGAGCCCCUUCGUCGCCGAAACAUCUCCUGCACCAGACUCAAUGGGCACUGCGCUAACAGCCGAACAGCCUGACGGUAUGACCUACGAAGGAAUCAUCAGUAAGGACAGGGUGAAGAAAUUUCCUAAAUCAUACUAUCACGUUCAAGAAAUGAACAAAGGACCAGUGGACUACGCGCCUCGACUUGCUCAAGUUCCUUCUCAGUAUCAACUGGAAUCCCUUACGGAGAUGUAUGUGUGCGACUUCCCGAAGCUCUAUCGGAGGUAG